UUUCUAAAAUAGGGAUUCUGUCUUAUGGAGUAGUUUUGUGGAUUAGAAGGACCAUAUGCAAAUAUAUGGAUGUUAUUAUUUUUUGUAAAAGUUUAGGAGAUUAAAAGAGAAUGGUGGGAGAGCAGAUGCGUGAAAGUUUUUUAGAAUGGGUGAUACCUGAAUAUUUAAGAUUGGUAGGUAACUCCCAGGUGGAUGAGAGGAAUGAAACAGCUUGGAAAGUUGGGACCUACCAAUAGUUUGUUAUGGAGCAAGGAGAGUUUCUGCCUAGGUCCUCAAACUUAGGUAUGCAUUAGAAAUAUUGUGGAGAUUACAAAUACUGCUAGGUCGAAUCUCUAGAUAAUAUUCAGUAGGCCUGAGGUGGAACUCAGGCAUUUCUAUUUUUAGUAAGGUCAACAGGAGACUUUAACAUAUAUCACAGUUUGAGACUCACUGCUGAAGUUUACUGUUUUCUGAUAGGGUAUUCCUGAAACACAUUUGACAUGUUAAUAUGUUUCCCUUCAAUCUUGGAUGUAUAUUUUGUGAGUUAAGAUUAAAUUAAAACGAAGUUGGGUUUUUUUGUUGUUGUUUUACUACAGAUUUUCUCUAACCUGUUAAGAUACCAAUGUGUAUUUCGUAGAUGUAAGAGAGAUACAGUUGAGGAAGUAUUGCACUAGUUAGUGGGGGACCACAAGAUCAGAUACGACUUUUAGAAAGUUUGGGAGAAAGGUGAAAGCACCAAAGAAGGCAGAUUGAAGGUAGUAACAGUGGAGACAAAGGAGAUCAGGUAGGUAUUUACAGCAGUCCACAUAAGAUAUGAUGAGGGCCUGAAUUAAAGCAUUGCUGGUGGGAAUUCCAGGACAUUUAAAAAGUCUCUAGUAGGAUUUCAUUCCCCUUAGAUAUAGCAGGUGAGGGAAGAGAAUUGGGUCAAAGACAGGUGUAACCACCAGCAGAAAAAGGAUGCAGAAACAUACAUACUUCACUAAAUGGAAAUAUGUCUGUAUAUUAAACUCUAGAUUGGUGAUUGGUUUCAUGGAAGAAGUGAAUCUUAAGUAAAUCUAUUUUGCCACAGUUUAAAAAAUAGAUUUUGUGAAAGUUGAGGUUUCAUUUGAGUUAUAUGUGAUAUGUCAAUACAUGUUAUAUACUUUUACCUAAAUAGUUCUGAUGCAAUUCAUUAGUUGGUAGUAUUUUCUUAGAACAGUUAGGAAGAGUUAAAAACAAGAUCAGGUCUUGUUUUGUAGUUAGUUUUGUUGUUUUUCAUGUACUGUGAUUUAGCUUACUUUCUGUAGAGUAUAUGCCAUCUUGCCAAGUGGAGUUUAAUAUAUAUAGUGCUGAAUAAGUAAGAAAUUAAGGAUUGGGAAAAAUAAAACCUCAUACUACCUCUCUACAACCAUCUGUGGUCCAAAUGGAUUAAGUUGGUAAUGUCGACUGAUGCUUUUCUCUGACACAUUCAACGAGUUUAUUUCAAGAUUUAGUGGUGCAUAAAAAACCAUUUUUAUUAACCAUCUUUAAUCUUUAUUUCUUUUGAUUCCUGAGCACUUGUUUUAACCUACUUAUAUUCUUUCAUUAGAUUUUUUAUUUUCUCACCCUAUAUAUAAUUAUGGAAGAUUAGACCUUAUACCUACGUAGUCUUCUAUGAUUUUUAUAAUAUCUAGCAUACAGAUCACUGAAUACUUAUUAAUUAUAGUUGCUAACUCAUUUAUUCCCUACGAGCUCAUUCAGCAUUUCUCAUUGCUUGAUCACGUUGUUAAAAUCUUCAAUUUCUGAUGCAAGUUUCAUCUGGAUUUAAAUCUUCCUUUAUAAGAACAAUGUGGUUUAAGUCAGCUGCUGAACUAAUAUAGGUGGUAAGAGUAGCUGUCCAACUGUUACUUUGUUUCUGUUCUAAAUUCUUAAAUAGGUUUACAGGGAGAGGUGCCUAGAUGGAUCAUUGUUUUGAUGAAGGCCUGAGUUAAGACAGCAUUGCUGGGAAGUUAGGGCCGAGAAUGUAUUUCACCUUGAGUAUGGAAAGAGAAAAAAGGUUAACAUUUGGGAUUUGGAAUAUGCAAAACUGAAAGGGCAACCUUGUAUAGAGGAAAAAGACUAUGUCUUCAGCGGUGGUACAGUUAUAUGCAGCAGAUCGUAACUGUAUGUGGUCAAAGAAGUGCAGCGGUGUUGCUUGUCUUGUUAAGGACAAUCCACAGAGAUCUUAUUUUUUAAGAAUAUUUGAUAUUAAGGAUGGGAAACUAUUGUGGGAACAAGAGCUAUACAAUAACUUUGUAUAUAAUAGUCCUAGAGGAUAUUUUCAUACCUUCGCUGGAGAUACUUGUCAAGUUGCUCUUAAUUUUGCCAAUGAAGAAGAAGCAAAAAAAUUCCGAAAAGCAGUUACAGACUUGUUGGGCCGGCGACAAAGGAAAUCUGAGAAAAGACGAGAUCCCCCAAAUGGUCCUAAUCUACCCAUGGCAACAGUUGACAUAAAAAAUCCAGAAAUCACAACCAAUAGAUUUUAUGGUCCACAAGUCAACAACAUCUCCCAUACCAAAGAAAAGAAAAAAGGAAAAACAAAAAAGAAGAGAUUAACCAAGGCAGAUAUUGGAACACCAAGCAAUUUCCAGCACAUUGGACAUGUUGGUUGGGAUCCAAAUACUGGCUUUGAUCUGAAUAAUUUGGAUCCAGAAUUGAAGAAUCUUUUUGAUAUGUGUGGAAUCUCAGAGGCACAACUUAAAGACCGAGAAACAUCGAAAGUUAUAUAUGACUUCAUUGAAAAAACAGGAGGUGUGGAAGCUGUUAAAAAUGAACUACGAAGGCAAGCGCCACCGCCACCACCGCCGUCUAGGGGAGGGCCGCCUCCUCCCCCCCCACCCCCGCACAGCUCAGGCCCCCCGCCCCCUCCCGCCAGGGGGAGAGGCGCUCCUCCUCCACCACCUUCUAGAGCUCCCACCGCCGCGCCUCCGCCACCGCCUCCGUCCAGGCCAGGUGUGGGAGCCCCUCCACCGCCACCAAAUAGGAUGUACCCUCCUCCGCCUCCAGCCCUUCCCUCCUCAGCACCGUCGGGGCCUCCACCGCCACCUCCACCUCUGUCUUUGGCCGGCUCAGCGGCACCGCCCCCGCCACCUCCGCCCCCGCCUCCCCCGGGGCCGCCACCUCCGCCUGGCCUCCCUUCUGACGGUGACCAUCAGGUUCCACCUCCCGCAGGAAGCAAAGCAGCUCUUUUGGAUCAAAUUAGAGAGGGUGCUCAGCUAAAAAAGGUGGAACAGAACAGUCGACCUGUGUCCUGCUCCGGAAGGGAUGCACUUUUAGACCAGAUACGACAGGGUAUUCAGCUGAAAUCUGUAUCUGAUGGCCAAGAGUCUACACCACCAACACCUGCACCCACUUCAGGAAUUGUGGGUGCAUUAAUGGAAGUGAUGCAGAAAAGGAGCAAAGCCAUUCAUUCUUCAGAUGAAGAUGAGGAUGAAGAUGAUGAAGAAGAUUUUGAGGACGAUGAUGAAUGGGAAGACUGAUCUAUAUAUUAUAUAUAUAUUUUUAAGGUGAAAUACUAAACACUACUUUCUGUCUAUGGAUUCUGUAAAAUUAUCAUGUAAAUGUUCUACCAAUUUGCUGUAUAUUUUUGUUGCCUUUUUUGCUUUUUUUUUUUUUUAUUAAUCUGUGCAAUACCUCAUUUAAUCUGUAAAGGUUUGUCAAAAUCCUCUACAAAGCUACUCCCUGUCAUUGUGUGCAAGUUUACACCAGGAUGCUCACUUAAAUUUGUGAAUAUUUGUCAUUCCAUCAACAAGGGAGUUUAAAUAUUAUAUGUGAGACUGACAAAAACCUUAAUGUAAUUUAGUUAUAAUGCCAGAAGGAAAACACUAUUUUCAUACCCUACUUUUUCUGUACCUAAAUUUUCUUAUUAAAAUCUAGUAUAGCACUACAUUCUUUUUUAAGUGAUGCAGACCUUAGUUUAUUUAGCCCCUCCAUUUUGAACACCAUGCUACAUGAAUGUUGAAGCAGACACAUUGCACGGUUCUCUAGACAUCACUACACCGAUGCAGGUUCUCGAAUUGUAGCAGGAUGCUCUACGGAAGACCACUACAGAGGCCCUAGUCGGGAAAACCCGUAACACUCCUCUUCCGGCAAUAUUGCCUGUUCCUGUACAGAGGGGUAUGUGGAGGCUGGGAUCCUGAGGAGACCUUGCUUACCUGUACUUGACUGAGAUUAUUUUUAUGCUAUAGCAAAUGUGGCAGGCUCUUUUUGGCAAAAAUUUAAAAAUAUUUUUGGUAUCAAUCUUCGAUGGUUAUUUAAGUUUUUGCAGUUUGGGGAUUUUAGGGGUAAUACUCUCCAUGAACUGAAGGAGGCAAUACAUAAUGGUCACUUCAGUUUUGGUUAAGUACGCUAUAAAAUCAGAACAUGAUGGAAAUGAUGUGGAAUUAUCGGGUAGUCUGUAUGGGUUGAGGUAUUCAGAAAUACCAACCAUACAAAUGUAAUUGAGCUGGCCAAGGUAAACACUAUAAUGCUGAACUUAGUACACUAUUUAAAUUUUUCUCUUAUAAUUUCUCAAGGUUUUUGUCAACUGUUAGGUGAACAGUUACAUUUUUCUUAAAAGAUUGGUGGUCCCAACGUCAAAUUUCUUGAGAGACAUAACUGAAUGCUAGAUUUAAAAUAAAUAAAUAAAUAAAACUUUACAACCUGCACAUUUGUUAUGUAUACUAAAUGAUGUCUUAAAAUUAGGGUUUCCUUGCCUCUCUACAAUACACUAAUCUGCCUAAAGGUGUUGUUUUUUUCAUAUUUAUAGUGCUAAUUAUCAUACCUACCUAUUUUAAAUUUUAGGUAGAAAAAUGAUCUGAUUUAAAUACAGACACGUAUUUUUCUCACAUUGAGUCAUAUGCAGAAUGUAGUUCCAAAUGUAUUUCAUUACUAUAAUCACAAUAUCCAACUAAAAAUUAAGCUCUCUAGAAUUGUACCGACCAAAAUCUAGUAUUGGCAUGAUCUUGACAGGCUGGACCUGCAAGAUAUGGCUUGAAUUUUAACCAGUUAUCACAUCAUCUCUAGUGAUCAUGCAUCUAGUUAUCGUAAGAAAUAAUUUAAAAGGUUUUGUUGCUGAAAGCAGUAAGUGGUGCAGUAAAAUAGUUAAGUUAUUCAAAGAAUGUUACCUUUCUUGCAAGAGUAAUUUAAACACGGGAAAGACUCUAGACUUUUUUGUUUCUUGCAAAAACAGUGCCCUCUGCUGCUGGAAACCUUUUUCUGCUUACUCUCAUUUUUACUGUGGCUUGAGCUCAGUGACGCCGAGUCUGCUGUGGAUGAGGCUGGACAGCUACUAACCAAUAGAAUUAGGAAUUUGUGCAAAUGGUAAAUAGAGCAUUAUAAUUAUUUUAAGUAAUAUUCAACAUUUUUCUUUUUUUUUUUCUUUGUGACAUUAUUGAAAAAAACAUUUUAAACAUCCUGGAAAUGUCUUUAAGGUAAUGCCAAUUUAAGAUCUCUCUUAACUUUUGGCCCAGGAAUUCAGGGUUUUCCGGCAGACUUUGGUGUGAUCUAUAUUUAUCAGGAGCUGCUCUGAGUAAAGGAUAUCAGUUCCUUGAGUUGGAAACACAACUUUUAACAUGUAAGAUGGGUAUAAAAUUUGCCAAAGGUAAUCAGGUUCAUUCUUCUUAAAGAAAAAAAAAAGGCUUUCUGUUGUUGUUGCCCAAAGUCUAAAUUCCCAUUGGCUGAAACACAGCAGCUGUGGGGUUCAGUCCCGGCAUGAAGACUGAACCCACUGCGGGUGUGCAGGCCGCAUGUUCCAGCCACCAGCUUGUUCACCAGCUUCUCUGUGGGCGGCACCACACCUGUGCUUUGUCUGAGAGCCUCCCACGGUCACCGCAGCUAAACGAUUGUCUGACAGCCUUCGCAUUUAACAGACUAGCAUGAGGCUUUUUAUAUCUAAGUGCUAUGUGAUAGACAAUUUCAGCUAGCCACAUAUUGUAUGUGUGAGAUUCAUAAAGACUUUUCAAUCAUUCGUUUCCAUUUAUCAACUGAAAUUUUGUUUAGUAUGUGAAUUUUUUCGAAAUGUAUAGUGAUAGGAUAUUGCACUGGUGGCAAUUCAUCAUGGAGCAUAAUAAAAUUAAUUUGACCCAAA